GGAGGCACCCUGGUUGGGAAUCAAUGCAUUAGAGGGAUACUGGAAGAUACAAUUAACGUGGGGAAAAUGAACGUAGUGAAUUCAUAUCCAAAUGGCUACACAUCUGUUUAACUUUCCAGUUGAUAAAAAAAAAAUGUUUUCCAGUGGAGUACACCUUUAAGGGGUUAAGCAGGGUCUGUGUCCACUUGUCUUGAGGGGUACACUGUCUCCAGAUAGCUAUGGAUGACAUAUCACUAGAUUCCUUUAGUAGGAUUUUCCUUUGCAAUGAGGCUAUAACCCGCAUUGUUCAUUUUAAUGUUCUAUUUUAAAACAGGGAAGCUGAAGCGCUCUAUGCCCUCACUUAACAUGGACGCCAGCGUUCCCUGAACUCGGCGGCGCUCUGUAAUGACGUCAUCAGCGGAGCCCAGAACCCUGUGAAGCGCAGGUUUACGUUCGGUAGUGUAAUAAUGAUCCAGGGGGGUACGUUCACUGACCCAGUCACGUGGUUUUGAUUGACUCCAGCACCUUGUCUCGCCCAGGGUCCUUCAGCCCGCCGUGUACACUCUGCAGCGGCACCGCAGGAGUCAGCCAGCGACAUGUUCACCCACAGCCGAGGGCGACGGCGGAGAAGAGACUCUGAGGAAGCCGGGUACUGUGCGGACAGUAAUGGGAAGCCCGGGGAACAGGAGGGGGAGCUGGAGUUCGGUUCAUACCAUGCAAGGAGGCAACGGAAGAGCCCGGAGGAGGAGGAGAGGCUGGAGAGGGAACACUUCUGGAAGAUCAUAAACACCUUCACUUGUUACGGGUCUCAUAUCCAUGAACGUGUGAACCGUGCUGAGAGACAAUUCUUGUCAUUACCGACAAGUCAACAAAAUAUGCUGCCAAAUUUCCUUUCCAAUCUGGACAGAAUCCGCAAGUGUGCCGAUCACAACCAGGAGAUCCUGCAGCUCAUUGUCAAUGACUGCACCUGUAUGUUUGAGAACAAGGAGUACGGCAGCAAUGGUCACAAAAAACCCAUCACAGCAUCCACAUUUGACAUGGACAAAUUGAAGUCUACAAUAAAGCAGUUUGUACGUGACUGGAGUGAAGAUGGCAAAUCGGAGAGAGAAACUUGUUACCAGCCGAUCGUCAAUGAAAUUCUGAAGUGUUUUCCUAAAGAUAAAUGCGAUCCUUCCCAUAUUAAUGUAUUAGUACCGGGUGCUGGACUUGGAAGAUUGGCAUGGGAAAUUGCAAUGCAGGGGUAUUCUUGCCAGGGAAAUGAAUGGAGCUUUUUCAUGCUUUUCUCUUCUAAUUUUGUGCUUAAUAGAUGUUCCCAGAUUAAUGCUUUUAAACUUUAUCCUUGGAUCCAUCAGUUUAGCAACAACGUGAAAUCAGUAGAUCAAGUAAGACCCGUCUACUUUCCUGAUGUCAAUCCUCAUGAUCUUCCAUACAAUCCAAAUUUUUCCAUGACUGCAGGAGACUUCCAGGAAAUUUAUACAGAGGACAACUCUUGGGACUGUGUAGCCACAUGUUUUUUUAUAGACACUGCACAUAAUAUUCUUGACUAUGUUGAGACUAUCUGGAAAAUCCUAAAACCAGGAGGCAUUUGGAUUAAUUUAGGACCACUUUUGUAUCAUUUUGAAAACUUGGCAAAUGAACUUUCAAUAGAAGUGAGCUAUGAAGAUCUCAAAAAUAUUAUCAUAAAGCAAGGAUUUCUCAUUGAGGUGGAGAGAGAAUCUAUAAGGACAACAUAUACUGUGAAUCAUUUAUCAAUGAUGAAAUACUUUUAUGACUGUAUAUUUUUUGUGGUCCGCAAACCAGAAUAAUGCCUCGAACUUAAGUCGUGGCCUAUAGCUUCAGAAAACUUGAAACAGGCCUAGCUCAUGGUCAUUGACUUAUUGACACAAGGUGCCUUGUACCAACAGAAGUUGAUGAAGACGAACAGAUCAUUUUUUUUAGUUUUUUCUUUUUUCACAGACUCAAUAAUGCCAACACUAAAUAAAUACAUGUUCCCUUGUAUAUUUCCAGAUUAAGGUUCCUGAAUCAGUUGAUGUUGUAUAUCAUUAUGUGAACCCCCUUGACUUCUGAAUCUUCAUUGUUAUAGUAUUGUGAUAAUGCUUUUUUUUUAUGGUACCUGACCCACGUCCCCUCUAUAAGAUGGUGGCAUAAAGUAAUUUAGUGUUGAUUGCUUACUCGUUGGAAGAAACGUUGAAUGUGUCAGUGCCUGUCUGGAUUAAUUUAUUUUUGUGUUUUAGUUGUCACCCAGAAUAAGGAAACCCACAAAAUGCAAUUUAUUUUAUUAUUUUUUAUUUCUGUAUAAUAGGAAUUUAGUGUUCCCAUUAUCCUAAGCUAUGCCCAUAACUUCAUUUAUGUUUGGCAGGGUUGGCACAGAUAGUGCAGCAGCCAUAUUCUGAGUAUAGCUGCUGCACUAUAGCAACGUGAUAUUUCAGACAAGCUCUGUAAAUAUGAAGAAUUGUUUUAUAAUAUUUCAUAUUUAUUUAGUAAAUCUUUUAAGUAUUUAGUCAUUAAGACAUCUUGUAUUUUUGCAGUGCUAAGGGUAAAGAAAGGUAUACAUCUGUAACUGUUACGUAUCUGUUGUGGGAUUAUAAGGUUUGCAAAGCCUACAGUAUCGAUUCAUUACAUUGUAAUAAUUAAAAAACAACUUUUU